AUGAUGGGAUUUCUGCGUCGGACGUUCAGUCGCCGUUCGAGGAACCGUUUCCACAGAGAAAGAGAUGAGCGGGACGGAGCGCUGACUGGGAACCCCCUGCUUCUGCCCCAUCAGCAGCAGGUGGUCCAUGCCCCCGCGGUGGUCACCGGGGGGGCUUCAGUGCACAUCCCCGCGGCCGGAGGAGCGCGCACUUCCAUCACCUGCCGAGUGCUGCUGCUGGACGGAUCCGACGUGAACGUGGACCUGCCCAGUAAAUCCAAAGGCCAGGACCUUUUCGAUCAAAUCAUGUAUCACAUAGAUUUAGUGGAGACUGACUAUUUCGGACUUCAGUACAUGGACUCGGACCAAGUCUCGCACUGGCUGGAUAUGUCCAAACUCAUAAAGAAACAAAUCAGAGCAGACGGACCGUACAGACUCUUCUUCAGAGUCAAGUUCUACUCGUCGGAGCCCAAUAACCUGCGGGAGGAAUUCACAAGAUAUCUUUUCGUGUUGCAACUUCGGCAAGACAUCCUGUCGGGCAAAUUAAAAUGUCCGUAUGAUGUGGCAGUGGAGCUGGGGGCAUACUGUUUACAAAGUGAGCUGGGAGACUGUGACCCGUUGGAGCACUCUCCGAUGCUGGUUUCGGAGUUUCGUUUCACCCCUAAACAGACAGAGGCCAUGGAGGCAGACAUCUUCGGCAGGUGGCUGGAUCUCAGGGGAAAGAGCCCGUCGCAGGCAGAAAUCUCCUUCCUCAACAAAUGCAAGUGGCUGGAACUCUACGGAGUCGACAUGCACUUUGUCAAGGGCCGGGAUGGAGGGGAAUAUGCGCUGGGUCUCACUCCAACUGGGAUCUUGGUAUUUGAAGGUUCCAACAAAAUCGGCCUGUUCUUUUGGCCUAAAAUCACUCGUCUGGACUUCAAGAGGAGCCGCCUCACGCUGGUCGUAGUGGAGGACGAUGAGCAGGGCCGGGAGCAGGAGCACACGUUUGUCUUUCAGUUGGCCAGCUCCAAAAGCUGCAAAACAUUGUGGAAGUGUGCAGUCGAAAGCCAUUCAUUCUUCCGGUUACGUCAACCUGGCAACGGCAAAGCCAACCGCAACGACUUCUCCAGAUUGGGCUCACGAUUCAGAUUCAGUGGGAAGACUGAGUACCAAGCCACUCACGGCGGCCGGCUGAGGAGAGCCAGCACCUUCGAGAGGCGGCCCAGCAAGAGAUACCCAUCCCGCUCCCAGUCCCUGGGAAAAGCUGCCAUUUCUCCCAUCAAGCCACUACACAUCAGUGCACAUGCGAGUCCGGAUCCUGGGCUUCAUCGUUACCAGCACAAUAUUCCUAUGGCCCGAGACUCGUGGCACAUGGGCCAGACCGCGCUCACGGCCCCGGUUUACCUGCAGCCAUCAGGACACACGCCUCCGCACAGAAAUGCUCCUUCGAGUCCUGUUUCGGCUCGACCCCCGGUGCCCCAGAGGACCGUCAGCAUCCUGAACUUCCCUCUGAGUGGCCCCAGCUCCGGACACCAGUUUAGGGAAGAGGACAAGACUCUGAUGUCUGGGAAAUCCCAUCGACAUCACAGACGGCACACGCACAGCCAGGACGCACUCUGCCACUCUCACCACAACAACCAGCACAGAGCUGGUCGCUGCGCCGCAGAUGGACUGGACAUCUCCCAGACUUUGCUCAAAGCUCUGGAGUCUGACAGCGACUCUCCUCCGUGGCCUUCACUGCACCUCAACAUCGACAACAAGGGAGAAGAGAAGCCGCUGUGUGACAAGUCCUUGCUGCCGCCCGCCUCUCCCGCCGCGCUGUCCGACCAUCAUAAGAGCAACAUUCUCCUGGGGCAGAUGGAGGCUACGUUCAAGGAGGCUCCAACAACUCCUCAAGGCAAGAGUUCAAGUGAGACCUUCAGUGACAGAUAUCAGAGCUCUUCUCAAGACUCCACUACGUCCAAUUUGACCUCUGACAAAACAUCGCAAAGACUGGAGUUCAGUUCAGAUGCCGAAAGAUCAAAAGCAGACGCCAGCAGCAACCGUAGGAAACGCCUGGUCAGACAGUUCAGCUUUAAUCAUGAAGACGAGGACAAUCUCCCAGAAGCCCUUGCUGCGAUCUCUUCUGAAAGCACGGCUAAGUCUGGUUCUUCAGGCUCCUUGGACCGUCAGAUACAGCCGUCCAUAUACACCCAGUUGGAGAGCAUGCCGGCCCUGGACGUGGCUCCCUCUCCUCUGGCCUCUCCUCACCCGUCUCCCUCAUUCUACCAAAGCUCCAGCCCUCACCUGCAGGACCCGUACAUCGCUGCACAGGAAAACAGUGUUGAAGAGGCCAGAGUGGACAGAGAGAAGAUCCUCAGAGCCCUCCUCAUGACUCAGCUCUGA